AUGAAUUCCAACAUAAAUAAUCGUGUAGUAAAUGACAACAAUAAUUCUAAUUUUGGAAGGAUUUUUAGUGAAACACUUGAAGUUCUUGAAACUGAUUAUGAUCAACUUUCACCCAUCGAAUUGAGUGACAGUGAUGAUGAUAAUUGUGAGACCGCAGAUAUUGUUAAUUUAAUAGAUGAUUCGGAUAUUGAAAAUUAUGAAAUCAAGAAUGACGCAAUUGAACACAAUGAAGAAGAAAACAGUGACAUUGACGAAGAAAUAAUUGAAGAAAGUGUAAACAAUAAUCAGAUUUCUCAGACAAGUGUUUUGACGAGUAGAGAUGGAACAAUUUGGAGUCAAGAACCACCAAAAAAAACACAACCCUAUGUGCAUAAUAUACUGCGAGAAUACGGAGGUGCAUCAAAAGAAACGGCAAUGAAAACAUCGGUUGAAACCUUUAAGAGAAUUUUCAGUUAUGAAAUGUGCGAAAUAAUUAUUCGAGAAACUAAUAGAAAAGGUAAUCAGAUGUGUUCACUUUACAAUGAGAAAAACCCAACCAAAUCGCCUCGUACUUGGUCACCGCUCAAUGCAAUCGAGUUAGAUGCAUAUUUGGGUAUUCUUAUUACAGCUGGGGUGCAUCGUUCAAAUUUCGAACACACGCGUGACCUAUGGCAAACUAAUGCUUAUCCGCUUUAUCGUGCUUCGAUGUCACUAAAACGCUUUUGGGUGAUCUCUCGUGUCAUUCGUUUCGACAAUGCUUAUAAUCGCCAAGAGCGUCUUAAUAUUGAUAAAGCUGCACCAAUAUCAUCCUUAUGGGAAUUGAUGAAUAAAAAUCUUUGCAUGAACUACAAAGCAGGAUCUUGUGUUACUAUUGACGAACAACUUUUUCCCUUUCGUGGACGCGUUAAAUUUUUACAAUAUAUUCCCUCGAAGCCAUCGAAGUAUGGUAUAAAAAUAUGGUGGGCAUGCGAUUCAAAAAAUUCAUAUCCACUCCAAGGAAAAAUUUAUACUGGCAAAGAUGGAGAUGCACCACGGGAGCCAAACGAAAGUGUUGGUGAGAAAGUUGUAAAAGAAUUUGCUCAAAGAUAUCGCGGCACUGGUCGCUGCAUUAUCACAGAUAAUUUCUUUACUUCUUUACCAUUGGCCAAGAUGCUAAUGGAGUGGAAAUUGUCUCUUGUUGGAACACUGAACAAACGAAAAAUAUGCAUUCCAUCGGAAAUGCAAGCAUCACCGUAUCGUACCCCAUUUUCUUCUAUAUUUGGUUUUCGAGAAAAAGUGUCCUUGUUUUCGUAUGUACCAAAAAAACGAAAGUCAGUUAUUCUGCUUUCAACUAUGCAUUACACAAAAAAUAUUAUAGGUGCUAAACAAAAACCAGAGGCUAUUCAUUUUUAUAACGAACACAAAAGUGGUGUUGAUAAUAUGGAUAAAAUGCUCGGAGAGUACUCAACAAAAAGAAUAACAAAACGAUGGCCACAGGCACUGUUUUAUAAUAUAUUGGAUGUUUGCGCUCUCGCCGCAUAUAUAAUUUAUUUCGAGAAUAAUCCGGUGAGCCAGCUUGCUACUUACAAGCGUCGCAAAUUUUUACAGGAAUUGGGAGAGCAAUUGGCAUUGCCUCAAAUUGAACAAAGAUCACAAUGUCCACGAACAAUUGGCCAUUUUGGCACACGUCUUGGAAUUGAGAGUAUUCUUGGAACACGAAUCAAUUUGCCCCGAUCAUCACAACAAGAAACACAAGCUGUUGGCGGUCGCAAAAGGAAAAAGGGCUACUGCAUUACUUGCAAAGCAAAUAAGCGACGUCGUCAGACCAGAAAAGCCUGUUCUGCGUGUAAUCACCCAAUUUGUGAUGAACAUUCAACAAAUCUACAUUUUUGUAAUCAAUGUAAACAAUAA